CAUGUCGGAGCCAGAGGAUAGGCCCCCCUCUCAAGUCGGCAACGUUGUCAGCCAAGUUACAGUUAAAGCACUUCAAGAAAUGGAUACUGGCGAUAUGGCUAAACGUAAUCCGAAACCUCCUUCUAGACCGCCUUCGCAAGGUUCCAGACGAUCUUCAGCCAGAGGAUCUAAACCUGCCUCACCCAGUUUGGAAAUUGUGGGAUCUAGACCAGGAUCUGCUACUCAAAGAGAUGAAGAUCGUCCAGCUUCUAUAGCCCAAGGAGCUUCUAGACCUGACUCAGCCGUAAAAGGAAGUUCUAGACCUGGAUCAGCUGUGAAACGUGAGUCAAGACCAGGAUCAGCUGUAAAAGGUGGCUCAAGACCUGCGUCUGGUGUAAAGCCUCCCUCACGACCUGGUUCUGCAACAAGAGCUGGAUCAAGACCGACUUCAGCUGCCCCAGAAGGAUCGAAACCAGCUUCAGCUGCAAAGGCUGGUUCUAGACCACCAUCUGAGACUGGACCGAUACCUCUAUCGAAUUCCAGACCAACAUCAGCUGUAGGCAGAGACUCCAGACCAGUAUCAGCUGCGGGAAAAGAAUCCAGGCCUUCUUCGGCCGUAGGCAAAGAUUCAAGACCAACUUCAGCUACCGUUAAAAAUUCGAGACCUGGCUCUGCAACAGCUGAAAAAGCAAAAACAACAGAAGAAACGAAACAGCCAUCACCCUCUGGGUCCAGGCCUAUGUCUCGUCAAGCACCAAUUGGUGCAGCAGAAGAAGAGCAAGUAGACAAACCUGCAUCUAGACCCAAUUCCCCAGCGCAAAUUGAGGGACAGAAUAGACCAGUAUCUGUUAAAGGAUCGCGACCAACAUCUGCUCCCGCUGAAGAUAAAGAUAAACCAAUCGAAGAAAGAACUCAAGAUCCUGCAGAUGAGCCUACAGAACCUGUUUUAACAACAGAUCCGAUGGAUAGACUGGAUUUUCUUGAAACAUCUCCUAUUCGUGAUAGUCCUUUGGAUGAUUCAAGACAGAGAGGUGAUGGAGGAGAUGGUGGCGACGGCGGUGAUGAUGGUGAUGACGAUCAUGAUGAGCACGAUGAUAUGUACGAGAUUGAAGAUGAAGAACAAAUGAUGGCUGAAGAAGAUGAGGAGCAGGAAAUGGUUGUGCUUGACCCAGAUCACCCAUUGAUGGUCCGAUUCCAAAAAGCCUUGAACAAGCACUUAAAUCAAGUUAAUGAUAGACUUACUUUGGAACUUCGAGAAUUGGAAGAGUCUGUUAAGAAGAAUACAGUUGAAAGAGAGGAUCUUGGUGUAGAUUUGUACGGUGUACAGCAGGAAUUAGCUAAAUAUCAAACUCUCUUAGAAAAAUAUCAUGAUGAACAAGCAGAGAAAAGGAAUGAACAAUUACGUUUAGAACAGAAUUUAGACGAAGUUCGCAGAGUAUAUAGUAGAAAACAAACAGAACUCAAUAUGGAAAGAUCCAGAUGUAGUAAAUUAUUAAGCGAAGUAGAAAACUUGGCUCUUAAAACUCAUUACAUGGAAGAAGCCAAAAGAGAUAUGCGAGGAGAUUUGGCAGUUAUGAAAAGGGCCGCUGAAAAAGCGGACACAGAAGUUUCUAAGGCAGAAGUUGAGAAACAAAAGCAAGAUCUGUAUGUGAAUAGAUUAAUUGAAAGAGCCGAUCGUUUGAGGGAAGACAUUGCACUUUUUGAAGCUCAAAUAUCAGCUCAAAACGAAGAGACCAAAGCGGCUAGAACAACUUUAGGUGAAGCUCAAAUGGAAAUUGAAACGAUAAAUAUGGAAAAGAAACAGCUUUUUCAACAAUGGAAUAGUAGCUUAAUAGGAAUGCGAAGAAGAGACGAAGCUCAUGCUGCAAUGUUACAAGCUUUAAAGGAACAGGAACAACGUGUUCUUACUCUUAAUACGGAAAUAGAAGCCUAUAAGAGAAGUAUUUCCAAGGAACAAGAGAAGAAUGAAAAGCUUACUUUGAUACUAAAUAAGACGGAAACGGAUGUUAACACUGUUAGAAAAGCAAUGGCCCAAUGUGCUAAAAAGUACAAUGACGCCAAACACGAAUAUUCAACUAGACAACGCCUCUUAUUCGAAACUGAACAGAGUUUAAACAAAGCUAUUACUGAUAAAACUCUAAAAGCUAACGAAGUCGAAGCCAUACGUAAGCAAAUUGAAAGAGAAUACGCGGAAAAGGUUAAGGUUGAAGAUGAAAUUUUGGAGAAGAUAAGAUCUCAAAUGACUAUGGAUAAGGCUGCAAAAUAUACUUAUAAAAUGACACAUAAAUUGAGAUCCAUUACAAGGGAACUAGAAAGUACAAAGGCGAAAAUUGAAAACGAUAUUUCCAAGAGUUCGUCAAAGGUCUUUGAUGUUCAGACAAGAAUCGACGGACUGAAAGGAAUCUUGGAAGAAUUGGAUAAGGAAGUUAAACAGAGAAAUGAAACCAUAUCAAAGAGUGAGGUUGAUAUGAACAAGAAGAAUGCUCUUGUUGAAAGAAAGCAACAGACAAUCGAUCUCUUCAAUAAGAAAUUAGAGCAAAUGAUUGAAGCUGCCGGAGGUGUUGAGCUAGGACCAUUGGAAAUUCAAAUAAACUCUCUUACUAAAUCCAUUGAUAGUAUGCAAGCAGAAUUGGCUGAUUUACAACAGAUUUGGCUGAGAGAUCAAUCGCAAUUAGUAAGAUUAGCAACUGAAAAGGAUAGUCAAUCAUCAGAUAUUGAAAAAUUAAAGAAACAACUAACAAUUCUAAGCCAGAAGAAGAUUAGAAUUGAAAGUGAUAUUAACAGACAAUUGUCUCUCAUAGCCGAUUACGAAAGACAGAUAAGAAACAUGCAAAAUGAUAUGAUAAAAUUAAAUACUCUUGUUCAUAGAGAAAAGAGUUUAGAAGAACGCUUGAAUGCUGAUAAUUCAUUAUCGGAAAAUGAUUUCAUCUCUAAGCUAAGAGAAGCGGAGCGUGAAUCAAUUGAAAUGCAAGAAAAAAUGGACAAUCUAAAAGAGGAAAAGGAAAGAUUAUUAAAUAGCUUAAUAGAAGCUGAACGUCAAAUUAUGCUCUGGGAGAAAAAAACUCAAUUAGCUAAAGAAACGAGAGCUGCUGUUGAUUCUGAAGUGGGUCAAGGCGAAAUCAAAGCGAUGAAGAGUGAAAUUCAUAGAAUGCAAGUUCGAUAUUCGCAAUUGAUGAGGCAACAAGAAAAAAUGAUUCAAGAAAUGGAAAAAGCUGUUUCAAGAAGAGAUACAAUUGUAACUAGGGGAGAUGCGCAGUCAAAAAUGAAUAAGAAAACAAUUACUAAGGGAACCUUUCAUAGAAAUCUUGCUCAAUUAAGGCAAAAGAUUAAGCAAACAAUUCAGGAAGCCACUGAAUGCGAUAAACAAAUAUCUGAACUGAAGAGAGAUCAAGAACAACUAACAAAUCAACUGGAGGAUAAACAAUUGAAUGUUCAUCAACUGAAACAAGUUUGUGAACAGAUAGAAAUUGAUAUCGAUCAGCUAAGAGAUACUAAGGCAGCAAACAAAUUUGACCUAUUAAGUAAACAGCAAAAAACAAAAUGGCUAAAUCAGCUAAAAGAAGGAAAGUACAAUAGAUUUUGCAGAGAUCAGGAAGCUGUAGAUAUAGAAUUAAGUAAACAAAUGGAAAGAACACAAGCUCUAGCUGCUAUCGUUGAUAGGUUAAAUCAAGAAUUUCCACAAUCUCAAAUAUCUUUAAGAAGGGUUACAUUAGCUUUGAGACAGCAUACUUCAUAA